UGCGCCGCUGGMUGCAGAGGGUGGAGCCCCGGCUUUCCAGCUGCGAUCCCGCCGGCGCCAUGGAGGACGCGCUGCUGUGGUUCUGCAACUGGAGCACCCUGGGCGUGUGCGCCGGGCUCAAGCUGCCGCARAUCUACGCGCAGCUGGCGGCGCGCAGCGCGCGGGGCAUCAGCCUCCCGAGUUUACUUCUGGAGCUGGCCGGGUUCCUGGUCUUCCUGCGCUACCAGUGUUACUACGGGAACCCGCUGCUCACCUACCUGGAGUACCCCAUUCUCAUCGCUCAAGAUGCCGCCCUCCUGCUCUGUGUCUUUCAUUUUAACGGAAACAUGAAGCAGGCUGCGCCCUACAUGGCUGUAUUUGUGUCUUCUUGGUUCAUCCUCAGCCUACAGAAGUGGAUCAUUGACCUGGCCAUGAACUUAAGUACGUUCAUCAGCGCGGCCAGUAAGUUCGCCCAGCUCCAGUAUCUGUGGAAAGUGCGAGACUCGGGGGCUGUGAGCGCGCUGACCUGGGGCCUCGCUGCGUACACCUGUGCAACAAGAAUAAUAACAACUUUAAUGACCACCAAUGAUUUUACAAUUCUUAUUCGUUUUGUGAUCAUGCUGGCUUUAAACUUAUGGGUAACAGCUACAGUACUUCGCUACCGGAAGCCCGUCAUAAAGGCUGAAUGACGGACCUUAUUGCUACACAAAAAGUGGAUUUUGAGUAACUGAAGCAAAGGAAAAAGCAGCUCAUUGCUACGUGAAGGUCUUUUAUGUAUUUAGUCAAUCAUUUCAGGAAACUUUGAAGUCAGAGGUAUUUAGGACUUCAAAGAGUACUUAAACUUACUUAAAAAAAUGCCAAUUUUGCUGGGUUUGGUGGCAUAUGCCUGUAAUUGCAGGUACUCAGAAGGCUGAGGUAGGAGGGUGACAGGUUUCAGGUCAGCCUGGAUAACUUGGGGAGACCCUGUUUCACAAUAAAAUAAGGGCUGGUGUGUUUCUCGUGGUAGAGCACUUGCUUUGCAUAUGUGAGGCCCAGGGAUCAAUAUCCAGGACCAGGGAGAAAUGUCUUAGAAUGCGGGUUUCCUUCCGUCUCCCCACUCCUGAGGCCACAGCCAGCUGACAGCUCAUCUUUGAUACCUGCAGUGACCCACAGAAGAUGCUCAAGCAGCCUACGAGCCCUCGUUCUUCAAGUCAUGAUUAAGUACUUUCUGAAAAGCCAACUACAUCUGUUUUUCAGGUUUCAAAAUCUUUUAAGUAAUAACUUCUUUCCACAACUAAAAUGAACACGGAAUGAGAUUCUGCUCAGUUGGGAWGUGAAACUGCAAUAUAUCAGCAGGGCUCGCUCUGGGCCUGCUUGAUUGUAACACAAAUAAAACACCGGGGCCUGGCUUGAUGCCACACACCUGCCCGGCUAAGCAGGGAGGGCUAAGCACCUCCUGGAAAGGCUGGUGUUCUGUGCUCAGUGUCCUUUGGCUUCACCCUGUGCCUUUGAAUAUUUCUAUAAAAAGGUACUAAUAGUUGUAAUCUCCACUGAGGAUGAGGAAGUGUAUCCCAGGAAACUUCCCAGUUUAAGCACAGUGCUACCAUUUAAAAAGGGCUACACCUGUAUCAUUACUGGGUUUUGGUAUAAGACACCACUUUUUAGCUAUUGAAAAUACAGUAGUAAAGAGCAAUGCUAGGUUCUGUCUAAAGCUUAUGGAUUUUAUUCUUAUAGUAUCUUGUCCUAAACAUGUUAAGAGUAUUCCCUAACAUUUCAAAACUCAAAUCCCCCUUCUACGUGAAUGGUAUUAUUCUGUUAUAUGCAGUAAGCAAGCAAUGUUUACUAGUAUACGUUUACUUUCCUGUGAACCUGUGUAUAAUAA